AGGUGUCCUGCUCCGCUGAUUUCUCUCAUAUUUACAGAGGAGCAGUUUAAGAGCGUCACAGUGCUGCAGCUGAAGAAGAAGAUCGAGUCUGUUGAAGAAGUCCCAGUAGAUCCGCAGCAACUGAACUUCAAAUUGGACGUGCUGGAGGACGAUGCUCUGCUGGUUUCAUGUGGAAUCCAACACAAGACAACCAUUGAGUUAACUCUAAAAAUGGAUUUCACGGUCUUCAUUAAAGAGUUAAAUGGGAGGAUCACACGUAUCCGCCUGCUGGACAAUGAGUUUGAGAGCGUCACAGUGCUGCAGCUGAAGGAGAAGAUACAGACUCUCACAGGAUACCCAGUAGAUCAACAGCGACUGAUCUUCGGAGGUAAACAGCUGGAGGACGAUCGUCUGCUGGUUUCAUAUGGAAUCCAACACAAGUCAACCAUUUACAUAGUUCCAAGACUACGAGGGUUCGACCCGUCUGUUCACCAGGGACGUGAUGGAAUGAGGAACAAGGAUGGCAUAAACAGAAAAAUGGAUUUCACGGUCUUCAUUAAAGAGUUAAAUGGGAGGAUCACACGUAUCCGCCUGCCGGACAAUGAGUUUGAGAGCGUCACAGUGCUGCAGCUGAAGGAGAAGAUACAGACUGAAACAGAAUUCCCAGUAGAUCAACAGCGACUGAUCUUCGGAGGUAAACAGCUGGAGGACGAUCGUCUGCUGGUUUCAUAUGGAAUCCAACACAAGUCAACGAUUUACAUAGUUCCAAGACUACGAGGGUUCGACCCGUCUGUUCACCAGGGACGUGAUGGAAUGAGGAACAAGGAUGGCAUAAACAGAACUUUAGGGUUCCAGGUGGACGAACCAAAAGAACGAAUUCAUCUGUUGUGUUCUUUCAGCUGCACCUGAGGAAGACAUUUAUCAAGAUUUGGAUGUUAAAUAAUCAUACUUUUUAUGUUUGACCUUCCAGUUUCUGUAAAGGAUAACUAACGUACUGCAGCCCUGUGGAAAAACAUGUUGAAAACUAAAAUAUGACUCUAAAACAUUUUCUUAUUUUGUCUAUUUUCAGUGCCAUUAAAUACACUCUGCUCUGUUAUAUAUGUAUAUAUGUAUGUAGAACAAAGAAUGUAUUGUUGUAAUACUAACUUUACUAAAAUAUAUAUAUUUUAAAAUAUAUGUAUUUUUAUAAUCUUUCUGACUUUGCUGGAUAUUAAACCAUUAUUUUAGUAUUAACGUGUCACAAGUUUUAUUGUUCAGUGUUUUUUUCUCUCUGAUUGACCUGUAGAGGGAGCUACAGCUCCUCCUGGGCUUCUGGGAAAAGAAAUUAAAAAGACUAUAUGAAGAUGAACAUGAAGGCAAUCCAGGCACUCUAAAAUAUAAGAAAGAUAACAAGGAAGCAAAUAUUAAAAUGCCUCUGUUAAAGUUGCUAAAUUAUUUUUAAUGAAUCAUGUUUCACCACUGUAGCUACUUGUUUUGAAGUGCCUUCCUGUUUAUCUUAUUUACCUUCAUUUUCCAAACGCACCAGACAUGCAUUAAUUCAUUUAUUUAGACUAACAAGUCUCUUUUUUCUUGACCUUAUAUCUGGUUUUGCACUGCAUCAGAAUGGUCAUUGAAGGUUUGCAAGUGGGCAAAAACGGACAAAUGUUCAGCUCUGCUAUGUGUAUAUAAGAAAAAAAUGUCUAUUUGGUAUUUUAAAUGUUAUAUUACAUGUGAAUAAAUGUGAUACGUUA